AUGAGAUAUCAGAGCUGGGAUGUCUUGCUCUUUCCAGGACAAUCCCGCAUACCAAUUCAAGAAUUCAACACGGCAUGCCACAUCCUCUGCCAGCAAGCAGGUCAACUUGCCGCCUCCAAAUGGGCACCUCCAGAAGACCCAUUCGUCACCAAGUACGAGUCGAUGACCAAGACUCCCAUCCUUACAUGCUUCAUCGCUAGUCUUCCUGUCGGCAGUUCCUUCCGAGUUUCUAUCCAUAGCUGGGCCCGGCCAAGCGCCUCCUCCAUCCUCAAGUCACGUAAAGCUCAAGAUGAGCCAAUUGCAUUCCAAGCUCGUUUAUACAUUGACGGCGCUUUGCAAAGCACUCGAGUCUUUAGGGAGGGCAAUGUCUGGCCGGAGGUCAUUGACGGACGCUAUCAUGAACCAGACGCAGAACUCGCCUUCCCAGUCUUCCAUCCCGAAAUCUUACAGCAGCCCCGUUGGGAGCCCGGAGAGAAAGUGGGUCGGAUUCAACUCAUCCUCACUGAAGGCGUGUUGAGGGAAGCGAGUGACCUGCAAGCUAGUGCAUGCAAGAUCACGUUCGACGGAUUGCGAGACGUGGUUGCCUUCUCGUUCCAACACGCUCCCCAAGAUGUUCUCGAGUAUUCUGGUAUUGCAUGGCCUAACGCGAGGCUUUUCGAGACCAAGACCCAAAGCACACGGCAACCUGGUCCCAUCAGCACACGCACUGUCAGUCUCACUGGCCAUGAAGCGCAUGCCCAUUCGCCCCAACGAUCUACCAGAAGUCGUGACGACGUUUGGGCGCGUAUUGCGAGCAAGGUUGAUCAGCCAUAUCGAGCAUAUGCCUUCCGAUCUGGACCAAGCGCAGAUUCUCGGUUCGGCACUCUUCCGGCGGGUCACAGCAUUAAUGUUCACGGUUUGAGCGGACCAAAUGACCCGUUCAUCGCUCCUGGUCCGGAAUCCUCAAUCGGAUGGAGAUCAGUCAACCGGAAGACUAGCACGGACGAGUCAAUGCCGGACUAUACGUCGCAUGGUACAGAGUAUAGCCGAGCUGAAACUGAAAUGUCAAUCACGUGGCCACGACGGGAUUUUCAAAAGCACAUGGAUGAAGCCACGGUUGAAGAGCUCAUCGAGGCCCUCAGCCCAACCAAGAAAGGGCAACUCCUUUACGCUCUGAGUCCGACCAAGAGUUCAAGCUCUGGCGUCCAAGCUCCGGUCAACACUCCCGCAGCGGCCGAUCUCAACCUUCGGUCGUCCGUUGCCGAGGGGACUCCGAACGAAGGUCUUGCCAAUGCAGCAUCUGGUCAUCGUGGGAUUGCGCCUGCCGCUGCACCCACUCGCUGGAUCUUGGAUGAGCAAGUCAAUGCCAUUGACAGUCACAAGCAUGGGACAGUGUCGACCAAAGUCGCGAGCACCAAGGUUCCUCAUAUGGCUGAUGGGGUGUUGACUGCUCGACGUGGUCGUUCAAGCUCGGGCUCGUCGAAAAGGAAGCGAUCUUGCUCGGCAGAUGCCGGAGUCAGGAGGGACGUGAAGUUGAAUAUCACUCCGCCUGCCAUGAUCCAGAAGUUGGCUGGAAAUCAUGCCAUCAUUGAUGAGGCAAGCUCCGACGCAGACUCGCCUGGCAGUACUGACGGCGUUUCUGAUGAAAAGCGGAAGGCCAGCAAUCAUGGAGUUUCACUCAACGUCUAG